AUGGAAAAGCUGUCCUUUAAGUUGAUGGAGCUUAUAGCUCUGAGCUUAGGCCUUGAGCCAAAGAGGUUUGAAGAGUUUUUCAUCAAAGAACAAACUAGCUAUCUUCGAUUCAACUACUACCCUCCAUGUCCUUACCCUCACCUUGCUCUUGGUCUUGGUCGACACAAGGACGCCGGUGCCUUAACUGUUCUUGCCAAAGAUGACGUUGUUGAAGGGCUUGAAGUUAGACGCAGAGCAGAUCAAGAGUGGGUUCGAGUGAAACCUACACCAAAUGCUUACAUAAUCAAUGUUGGGGAUAUCAUUCAGGUUUGGAGCAAUGACGCGUAUGAGAGCGUGGAACACAGAGUGAUAGCUAACACUGAGAAAGAAAGGUUUUCCGUUCCAUUCUUCUUCCACCCAGCGCACUACACCAUAGUCGAGCCUUUGGAGGAGUUGACAAAUGAGAAAAACCCUCCAAAAUAUAGGCCAUACAACUGGGGCAAGUUUCUUGUCCGCAGAAAAGGCAGCAAUUUCCAGAAACUGAAUGUGGAGGUCAUUCAAAUUCACCACUUUAAGAUAGCUUAAAUGAUAUUUCAGAUUCUGAUAAUUUAUUGCCUUAUGCAUGUAAAAGCAGACUGAUCUAAUUAAGAAUGUUUAUGAUCUGAGUCUGUUAUCUAGUUUGCUGAUAAACCUUAAUUGUCUGAAUUAUGUAUGCCAGUGGCAUAGAAUAAAAUAAAAAAAGAGACAUCGUUAUCGU